AUGGACAGGAAGAACCAGACAUGGAUAAGUGAGUUCUUCUUGCUGGGACUGUCCAGUGACUGGAGGACACAGGUCACCCUCUUUAUCUUGUUCCUGGCCAUGUUCCUGGUGACUGUGGUGGGCAACUCCCUCGUCAUCCUCCUCAUCAGACUGGACAGCAGGCUCCACACCCCCAUGUACUUCUUCCUGAGCGUCCUGUCCUUUGUGGACAUUUGCUAUACCAACAGCACUGUCCCACAGAUGCUGGUCCAUUUCCUCUCAGCCUGGAAGUCCAUCCCAUUCCACAGCUGUGUGUUCCAGCUGCAUGUCUCUCUGGCGAUGGGUGGCACAGAGUUCUUCCUGCUGGGAGCCAUGGCCUAUGACCGCUACGUGGCUGUGUGCCACCCCCUGCACUACACAGCUAUCAUGCACGGAGGGCUGUGUCUGAGGCUGGCUGCUGGCUGCCUGGCAGCUGGCUUCUCCAACUCCCUGAUGCAGACCAUAAUCAUAUUCAGGUUGCCCUUGUGUCGUAAUGUCAUUAAUCACUUUGCCUGUGAGAUGCUGGCCGUGCUGAGGCUGACCUGCGUGGACAUCUCCUUCAACAAGGUCAUGGUGGCCAUCUCCGGCUUCGUGGUCAUCAUGCUCCCCUGCUUCCUGGUCCUGUUCUCCUACACUCGGAUAGUGGCUGCCAUCCUUCGCAUCCGCUCCACACAGGGACGCCGCAAAGCCUUUGGGACCUGCGCCUCCCACCUCACGGUGGUCUCCAUGUGCUUCGGGACAGCAAUCUUCACCUAUAUGAGGCCUGCGGCCGGCUCCUCGGCUGUCCAGGAGAAGAUGGUGGCUCUCUUUUAUGCUGUGGUGACCCCCAUGCUGAACCCCUUGAUCUACAGUUGGAGGAACAAGGAAGUAAUGAGUGCCCUACAGAGAAUAUUUGCAAAACUUAGUGAAGAAAAAUGA